UUUGUAGCGGUUGGAAGAAGUAUUUAUAGGCGCUGUGUCCGAAGCUGAGGAAAUGAUCUCAGUCCAGCUGAAGGUUCAUCCGAACAUGAAGCCGGAAGCCGAGAUAAGCGAUAAAGAGUGGCGGCAAAUGCGACGCCAAAUGCCGAAGCUCGACUUCGAGCCGGUACCAGAAACCCCUGCAUUGCUUCCACGAUCUCUCUAUGGCGAGAGCGAUCAGGAGCUAUCGUCGAUCUACGAGGAAGAGCCGCGGGUGGUCCGCGAAAGCACCGAGACUGAAGUUAAGCCAACUUGCCAAUGCCAUAAUUCACCCAAGAACCGCACCAGGCAAGAAGAACCUCCUCAUUUGCUGAUAAGAUAUUUUACUGACUGAAGUUUUUAUCUUGUUAGUACAAUCUCUACGAGUGGCAGCAGUCUCACUGAAGUUGGGCAAACGCAAUCCGAGGUGACUUCGAAGAAACAAAGCACUGAGUUGCCUUCAACAUCAAUGGCAGUGUCUCCUACGACUACGAGGCGCUAUGUGCCGCAAGAGCAGCAGCGGCCACCUGAAAAUACAUUCGAGCUGGACGACACCGAACUCGCAGCAUUAGAUGCUCAGCUGGCGGCAGCGCAAAACGCCACUCGUCGAUUGAUUAUGGGUGCUUUUCUAAAUCUCAAGGCAAAGAAAGCAAAGACCGAAGCCCAAGAGCGCAUGAAGCUGUCUGCUGCUCAUGCUAGCGAUAUCAAGAUCCUUCAAAAUACGGUGGAGGACUUGAAAUUGAAGGUGGCAAAGGCUGAGGAACAGCGAGACCAGCGUAACUUGCUGCUGGAUCGCUUUUCGGAGUUUACAACCAAGAAAUUGCAUCUCAACCAAGAACGCAGUGGAAAGCGUUCAAUGGUGGACUGUUUCCAUGCAUGGAAUGAAAUGACUCGACAGAGGACAGCAAAAUAUACUGCUCUUUGCCGGGUAUUUGCUCAAGCUUGUAAGCGUCAGCAGCUUGCAGGCUUUCGCUAUUGGAAAGAAAGCGUGCAAAUGUCCCUACUUCAAAAGCAGCUUCAAGAUCAACGAGACCGGUACGAACAUCGAAUCGUCGAGAUGGAGAAGGAAUAUCAGCUCAAAACUCAACAGCUUCAACACGAUAUCGACGAUACAAAAUCUCAGGUAGCAGAAUCGCAAAAAUGCCGGCGAAAGCUAGAAGAAGACCUUCGCCUGGUAUUUUUGCGAGGUGUCUCGGCGAUGAACAUCGAAGCAUUAAAUGUCUUCGGUUCAAGCCACAAACAACUUCGCAAGCUAGGCGAACAAGAGCGAUCGGUUCUGCCGUCGCGUCAGAAGGAGGAAAUCAGCAAUCAAAGCGCUGAAUCAGCCGCAACUAAAGUCAUACCCUCCAGCGAGCUCACUGUUUCAGAAGUUAUGGCGCCGCUAAAAGAGCUUAAAUCGCCGGAAACAAGUGCACCAGUCCCCGUCUCGAUUGAAGACUCAGGCACGGUGUGCUCCUCGCCAUGUCAUUCCCGGCUGUCUGUGGUGAGGUCCAGCUACUCGCAAACUUCACCGUCUCUCAGUCGAGCUACCAACGAGUGUUCCCAUCCUAACAAUACCUCCGGACUUCGCAGCGCCGAGAUGAUCCGGCAACACGAGUUGUCUCCCUCAAUGUGGGGGCCGCCUGCAAGUCGAUCAGCGUCCUCAACUUUCCGUCCAUCCUCAGCUCCAUCACCAACGAAAAAGAGAUUGGGCUCCCAGUUGAGCACUAAAUCUCAAGUGGAAAUGCAGUAUAUGCGCAGUACCAUUGCUGCUUCAGCAGCACGAGCGACUCGCUCGCCAAAUUCGACUUCCAGAUCACAUAGAUCGUAAAAUGGUAAAAAUGGAUACUUCUAGUAGUAACUCCC